AUGGGAGGUUCGAAUAAUCCGAAUCCUGUCCCUGGCCAACAGUAUCAACCGUUUCCCGGCCAACCUGCAACUCCGCGGAUGCUCAGGAGCCUUUCGACAUCAUUAAAGACCCUGAAUCCUGAAUUUGCCAACGAAAUGCAAACUUCAAACUCGCAUACAAGAACACCAAGUUCUCAUCGUGUUCCCCCGGGAGAAAACCAAAUUCCUGCCAGGCAUGCGGAGAAGGAAUUGUUACCACCAGCAUCUCUAAAUUCUGAUCAGCAUCGUUCCAAUCCAUCUAGACCGCCUGCCGGUCAAGACACCCGAAAGCACCCGACCCCCAGUCAGAAGAAUCCUCCACAACCACAACAGCCACAUCAACAGCAGCAACAACAGCAGUUCCAUCGUAAAUGUAUUGGUGACUGGGAUUUCAUCAGCACUAUAGGUGCAGGUUCCAUGGGUAAAGUGAAAUUGGCAAGACACAACUACACAAAUGAAAAAUGUGCUGUGAAGAUUGUCCCGCGUGCAGCGAAGUUGUAUCAAAGAGCUCACGCCAACGACCCACCUUUGAAAUCGACUGAAGAAGCAAUUCAACGUCAAAAGGAAUUCGAGAAGGAGGUUGCCAGAGAUAAAAGAACGAUAAGAGAGGGAGCUCUUGGUCGACUUCUUUUCCACCCACAUAUUUGUCGUCUAUAUGAGAUGGUACCUAUGACAAAUCACUACUACAUGCUCUUUGAAUACGUCGAGGGUGGCCAAUUGCUUGAUUAUAUCGUGUCACAUGGGUCAUUGAACGAGAAGUACGCUCGAAAAUUUGCUCGUGGUAUUGCACUGGCUUUGGAUUAUUGUCACAAAAACAACGUGGUACACCGUGACUUGAAGAUUGAAAACAUUAUGAUUAACCAGAAGGGAGAGAUCAAGAUCAUUGAUUUUGGAUUGUCCAAUUUGUAUGUUCCACAUGGCUUGCUUAAAACGUACUGUGGGUCUUUAUACUUUGCCGCUCCCGAGUUGUUAAGUGCAAAACCUUACAUCGGUCCAGAAGUGGAUAUCUGGUCAUUGGGUGUUGUGUUGUAUGUCUUGGUUUGUGGCAAGGUUCCCUUUGACGACCCGCAUGUUUCUGUUUUGCAUGAGAAAAUCAAAAAGGGAAAUGUCCAGUACCCUUCAUUCAUAUCCAAAGAAUGCGUCUCUCUAUUAUCUAGGAUGCUUGUUGUUGAUCCUACUAAAAGAGCAUCUUUACAGGAAGUGAUUCUGCACCCCUGGAUGAACAAGGGAUUUGACUUUAUUGUUCCUAAUUACAUGCCGAAGCGUGUGCCUUUGACUCUUCCUCUAGAUACAGAGAUUAUCCAGGCCAUUUCAUCUUUUGACCUCGGUUCCGUUUCAGCGAUUGCCGAAGAGUUGACUAGCAUUCUUAAUAGUGCAGAGUACCAACAAAGUUACGAGACAUGGCAUAAAUGCGCUAAGCAAGGAAGACCUUUUCAUCCUUCCUUUCCAGGCCAGCUAGACCCUACAUGCGGUUUCCACCCAUUAGUAUCCAUUUACCACUUAGUGGAUGAAAUGAGAAAGCGAAGAAAGGCGAAGGAGGAGGCACUUAAGCUGAUGAUCAAACAGCAUGCAAAUGAAGAUGCCAAUGCCCAAAAGUCAAAUCAAAAUCAAUUACCACCCCUUCCCUCGAUUGCUCAGACGCCGGCCACUAACGAUAAUGCGGAAGUUCGCCAAACCGAUACUCUGAGAGACAAAGAGAAUCCGUUCCUGACUCCAACUCCGAAGGAGAGUUCGCCACCAGCAUCAAAGCCUCAGCAGUUGCCAGAACUCAAAUUUCCAGAAGAAGCCCACACACAGGCUACCCCAGGAUCCAUCAAAAGAAAUUCCGAAUCACCUUCAGAAACAACGGAAAACAUUAUGCAACAGCCUGCGCCAGGUUCAAGAAAUUCAAGCACACCGGUUCCCGAGACUUUGGACCCCAAUGCUGGUAUGCCACUGGGAUUCAAUUCGUUGUUCAGAAGACUCUCUUCGAAGAGAACAAAGAAUACCAGUGCAUCACCCACCCGCGUUGGCUCACAAUCCACAAGAGAGAAUGCUACUGCACUUGAAAAUAGCCCAAGUCCUAAAAAGUCUCAAUCUCCCGCACUUCCUGGUUCUCAACACUUGUCGCCGCAGCAAUCCGUUGGAAGCAAAGCGGAUCCUUUGGUUCGUCGUGGAGUGAGUAUGAAGGUUACGGCAAAGGAAAAGUCAUCAUCGAACGUCAACAGCGACAACAUACUAAAGUCUCAAUCUCCGAAACUUGCGGAUGUGCCCGACUACAAAACACAUGGAAGGUCUUCAUCAUCUUCGGCGAACAAAUUUCAUGGUUUUAUUCCUGUGGAGUAUCUCCCACCAUUACCCAACAUCACUGCGAGUCAGAUGGCUGGAGGCAGUUCAACGGAAAAGCCAAAUGAUAACAAUUUGAAAGUUACACCUGUGGCCAAAAAGUUUCACCCUACAGCGAGAGCAAAGUCUGUCGGAGGGCACGCAAGGAAAGACACCUCGUAUUACAGAGGAGGUAAUCAUCCAAUGCCCCAACUUCCAAACACCAUGGCGGCACAAAACAGUGAUGAAAUCAUUAACUCUGAUCAAAAGAGCGACGCUGCAUUUGAUGAUGUGACAUUGGAUCUGAUUGAUCAUCAUCGACUUCCACGCUUGACGGAAGAACAGAUCAUUGAGCAGUUUAACAAAGCUAGGCGCAACAGCAUGCCGUCCAUCGAGUACCCUAAGACUCUUUUCUUGAAAGGAUUCUUUAGUGUCCAAACCACUUCCACUAAGCCAUUGCCAGUCAUUCGUUAUAACAUUAUUAAUGUGCUCACCAAAUUGGGUGUUAGGUUCCAGGAAGUGAAAGGUGGCUUCAUAUGUGUCCAUGCUCCAUCUUUAACCACUAAGGAGGAGUCUGAAGAUGAAGAAGGGCCUGACGCCAUCACUAUCAUUGACGAAUACAAACUGGACGAAAAUGAAGAGGAGAAACAACUCUAUGGAGACGCAUUCAACCCUUCCUCGGAAUCUAUGAAGGGAAAGGAAGUACCUGAGAGAUCGACUACUCCAGAACCUCAGCAGAAUGAUGUCCCACAAAUUGUGACUCCACGAAAUCUGACCAAACAGGUCAGUAGGCAACCGUCUUUGAAGAUUAAUAGCAACGUUGUUUCACCACUGACUACCCCCAAAACACACAGGUCGUCAAAUUCCAUGAGUGGCCAUAGACGUAAGAUCUCAAUUGGUCAAUCAUUCUUGAGUUCUUACAGGAAGAAGAAUGGCUCGCAAACUUUGAUGCCUCCAAAUACCCCUGCUGCUGCAAGAGUGAGCAAACUGCUCAUGAAUGCUGCAGAAGCAGACAGCGAUGACCUUGAUGAUAGUAGUCGUGGUCAAUUGCAGCAUAGUUCUGGAGGGGACUCCAUUGACUCGCUCAAUGGGUUAAUGAUUGGCGGAGGCAGUGAUAUGUUGGUGUCAUCAAGAAUUGAACAUGGCGCACGUCAUCAACGAUCCAGAAGCACAUCUUUGGAUCAUGAAACUGCGGGAACAGACAUGCGUGCUACCUCAAAGACGCCUUUGAAGUUCGAGAUCAACAUUGUUAAAGUACCAUUGGUGGGAUUAUAUGGUGUGCAAUUCAAGAAAACUCUUGGUAAUACAUGGAACUACAAGACGUUAGCCAGCCAGAUUUUGAAUGAGUUGAACUUGUGA